CAAUAAAAAAGAAAAGAAAAUUCAACAUUCCCAAAGUCCAAAGUUUUAUCUUUUCUGUGCAAUUAUAAUUUCCUUUUUCUUUUAUUUCACAUGCAAUCCAUUUAUUUCCUUCAAUUCUUACUACUCUUUUCAUCAAUAAUCAAUCUGUUGUUUCUUUUUUUGUGAUUAAAGUCAGGUCUUGGUAUUCAAAGUUUUCAUUUUGAUAUCCAAAAAUACAUUCUUUCUUUUUUAUUUCUUUUCUUAGUUUUGGAAAGAUCUGGUAGGUGGUGGAUAGAUGGGGAGGUUAUUUGUGGUGAACCUUGAAGGGAAAGUUUAUAGCUGCAAGCACUGCAAAAUCAAUCUUGCUCUUGUUGAUGAUAUUCUUUCCAAGUCCUUCCAGUCCAGGCAUGGAAAAGCAUAUCUCUUCAGUAAGGUGGUGAAUGUUUCUGUUGGGGAGAAAGAAGAUAGACUGAUGAUUACAGGGUUGCACACUGUAGCAGAUAUCUUCUGCAUUGGGUGUGGAUCAAUUGUGGGAUGGAAAUAUGAAUUUGCCCAUGAGAAGAGCCAGAAGUACAAAGAAGGAAAAUCCGUACUUGAACGGUUUAAGGUGUCUGGUCCUGAUGGAAGCCAUUAUUGGGUUAGCCAUGAAACACAUGUUGGUGGAAGUGAUGCAGAUGAUGUUUGAUUAAAUAAUCAAAAAUGCUGGUCAAAUUCCAAUUGUACAUUCUUUAAUCCCUUGAAUCUCUCAUACAAAUCAUCUGAAUUCUUAAAAAAACUGGGCUAUUUCUUAUUCAAGCAGCUUGUUCGACUUGCUGUUAUAAGACAUGAUUGGAAAGAUUGAAUUCCUGAUUCUGAUUUAGUUAAUGUCAAAACUGGACUGAAGAUAUCAUGUUUCAAUUUGCAAAAUUGAAGUUUCAGGUGUUGA